UCGCGGGUCUUUGUCUCGCGCCAUCUUAGCGCCUGAUCCGUCAGCUGAGCUGGGCAGUCCGGGCGCCUCGGGCCUGUCAGCUGAGGGAGGCGGACGGGGGCCGCCAUGAGGAACGUGCAGCAGGACAAUCAAACUCUUAACACUGGAAGGCAGAAGAGAAGCUAUAAGAAGAGGUCAGUGUCUUACAGUCACUGCAGAUGGUCCCAGCGGUGCAGAGCAAGGAAGCACAAGGCGCCAGUAAAGGGGUUGGUGUCAUUCGAGGAUGUCUCUGUGGACUUCACCUGGGAGGAGUGGCAGGACCUGGAUGAUGCUCAGAGGAAGCUCUACAGGGACGUGAUGCUGGAGACCUACAGGAUUCUGGAGUCCUUGGGUUACUGCAUUACCAAACCUGAGGUGAUCUUUAAGUUGGAACAAGGAACUGGACCGUGGAGAGUUGAAGAAGUUCCAGAGCAGAGUCGGCCAGAUGUCCAGAAAGUAAAUGAACUGGAUGAAACCAGCCAGGACAAUCAAGAGAGACAUUUGUGGGACCGUGUAAUUGCCGACAGCAACAUGUCGACUGAGAAGAAUGUUAAAUUAGGAAAAAUAGUUAAUGUGAGCUCAAACCAUGCUUCAAAUCUGACUGUAAAGAAUGGAGAUUCUUCAGGAAUGAGGCCUUCAACACCUAAUGUAUGGCAGAAUGUGCUUCCCCCUAACAAGCCUGGUAACAUGCAGACUGGAAAGGAACUUGAUGGCUCUGUAAGCAGGACCCCCUUACGUGCACAGCAUCAUAGACUGUAUAACAGAGCUCCAAGUACUCGACAGCAUAUUCAGUGUUGCAGGCAAGAAGCAAUCUACAACACAAAGGCAUUAUGGACAAAUAAGAGGUUUCACAUUGCUCAUAGUUCCAGCAAAUCUGGUGAGUCUGGGAAGGCAUCUGAUGAGGUGGAGAUGACUUGGGGAAGGGCAGGAACUUUUGAAUGUAGUAUUUGUAAGAAAACAUUCUGUUCAAAGUUGAAGCUCACUAAACAUAAGAAAAUACACAAAGUACAGAAAUAUUACAAGUGUAGUGAUUGUGAGAAAACCUUCAUUAAGAAAUCAUACCACAAAAACCAGAUAAUACAUGCUGGAGUCAGAUCCUACAGAUGUAGACAAUGUGAGAAAAUUUCCCAUCAGAAAAAACCGCAAACUGCAUGUCAGAGAGUCAGAGGAACAAAACUUUAUGAACUUCAUCAAUCCGAAAAAAGCUUUAGUGAGAAGGCAAAUCUUAGGAGGCAUCAAGGAACCCGCACAGGUUAUAAACCCUAUGGAUGUCAUAUGUGUGGGAAAUCGUUCUACCGUAAGACCCACCUCAACAGGCAUCAGAGAACUCACACAGAUGAUAAACCCUAUGGAUGUAAAGAAUGUAAGAAAGCAUUCUACCACAAGUCGUCCCUCACCAUACACCAGAGAACCCACACAGGCGAGAAGCCCUACGAGUGUCAGAGAUGUAGGAAAACGUUCUACUGUCAGUCAGACCUGAAUGUGCAUCACAGAACCCACACAGGCGAGAAACCGUAUGAGUGCGACGAAUGUAGAAAGACGUUCUACUCCAAGUCACACCUCAUCAUACAUCAGAAAAUUCACACAGGUGACAAACCAUAUGAAUGUGAAGAAUGUCAGAAAACAUUCAACCGGAAGUCCAACCUUACUGUGCACCAGAAAACACACACAGGGGAGAAACCUUAUGAAUGUAGUGUAUGUGGAAAAACUUUUCACCGUAAGUCACACCUCAGCAUGCAUCAGGGAACUCACACUGGUAAGAAACCCUAUGAAUGUAAGGAAUGUGGGAAAGCUUUCUACCAGAAGUCGAGUCUCAGCAGGCACCAGAGGAAUCACACAGGUAACAGGCCAUAUGCAUGCGAAGAGUGCAGGAAAACAUUCCUCCAUAAGUCCUCCCUCACUGUCCAUCAAAGGAGCCACACGGGUUAUAAACCGUACUCCUGUGAAGAAUGUAGGAAAACGUUUUACAGCAAGUCCCAUCUCACUGUACACCAGAGAACGCACACAGGCGAGAAGCCCUAUGAGUGCAAAGUGUGUGCGAAGGCUUUUCACCAGAAGUCCUACCUGAACAGGCAUCAGGUAACUCACGACAGUGAGAAACGGUUUGAGUGUCGCGAGUGUAGGAAAACAUUCUACCAUAAGUCAUCCCUCUCUGUGCACCAGAAAAUUCACCUGAGGAAGGCCUCUAGUGUAAGGCAGCAAACUCUCUUAGCAGAACCCAUCAGCGGGCAUCAGACAAGCCACGCGCAGGAGCUACUCCAGGAAUAUGAUGAGUGAGGACAGUGUUUUGUUUGCGGGCUACCUUAAUAGAGAAAAGUCUGUGUCUCCACUAGGUAGUCUGUCUGACCAUGUCACAGCCCUACAGAAAAGUGCAUAUAUACGGUGGUCGUUAUUUCCACCAGGAACACAGAAACACUCUUCUCCUCAGUUGAGUUUCCAUUAUCUCUGGGCCUGACGUGGCAUGGCCUGCGAGAUGACCUUGACAUCCAUUGUCAGAAAAUCACCAAUUUAAGAGGUGUUCUCAUUUUUAUCCCCAAAUACUCUUUUAGUUUAGUUGAGGAAUACUUUCUCAAACCAUUGUGCAUGAUGUUUUAAGAAUGCAAAUCCUCCAUAGCUAAUUCAGUUAAUGAAAAUUUUGAGAGAACUUACAUGCUCUUUACUAUUUCAAAAUUUGUACACAAGGGAAACUGCAUAGCGAAUUGAGACUACUUUAUCAGAGAAAUUUCACUGAAUAGUUUGAAUAAAUUAAAUGUUGAUAAGUCAGUGUGUGAAACUUUUAACAAAACUUUCAUGUCAGAAGUUUGUAAUGAAGGAAAACUACCAGUCUUUGUAAUUUUAAUAUUAACUUUCAAAUGGAGGCAUACAUGUGCCAAUAAAUAAUGAGUGACAUUAUUGUCUGUCAGAGUACAUUGUGUCUGGGAACAUUUGUGGUUGUUAGAACUGGAGCCUGGGAGUUGGUACUAGCAGGCAGUAGA